CCCCAAAAAAAAACACUACGCGUACUCUGCAGCAAGUAGCAGCAGCAGCAGCUCCCUCACCCGAGGCGCCGCACGCAACAACCCAAAACCCCAGCGAGCGGCGGCGGCGGCGGAGGAUCACCGGCGAGCGGCUGGGAGCGCGCGGGGAUCGACGACGAUGAUGGACGCGAAGUGGCGGUGGCGGUCGCCCGCAGCUACGGCGGCGGCGGAGGAGGGGGAGGGGGAGGGGGAGGAGGGCGGCGCGGGAUACGGCGGGGGCGCGGGAGGCCCGUCGAGGCGGCCUCCGCGGCGCGGGCUGCACCGCGCGUCGCCCUACGGGCUGGGGCUGGGCCCUCGCCGGUGGUUCCCCAAGGAUCCCGUGGCUUCCAGGAUCUUCCCCGCCUUGGCCCAGAACCACAACGCCGCCUCCUCCGACAAUAAUCAAAUGGACCAGCGUGAGUCGCUGGAAGUAACCCAUCAAAUGCAGAGUCAUUCUAUAGAACAGAACACCAAUGCUACAACUCUGGAUAAUAAAACCAGCCUGCUCUUGGAAGAUGAUUGUAGAAAUCAAAACGAUGGCAGCGGUCUCGCUGAAAUUGAGAAUAUAAUCAAGCAGAAGCAUUUUUCUAGGGAUGAAACAGAACGCCUUAUAGAGAUCAUGCGCUCGAGGACUCCUGAUCUAUCUAAUGAAGAUCAGAGAAUUCCAAGGUCUUCCACAAAAGGUUUUGAAGCCAUUACAUUUUCAGACAAGUGGUCCACGCCUGCAAAACAAAUUGGUGUUCAAUCACCUUGUGGGACUGAUGUCUUUGGACCGUCAAAUGUGCUUGAUGUUGCCUCGUCACCAAUUGAACUUGCAAAAGCCUAUAUGGAAGCACAAACCUCAGCAUCUGUACAAGAGUCUCAAAAGAGAAGAUUCAGAGCUUUGAGUCAUGGAGUUGAGAUGGAUAAUUCAUCCUCAAAAUUUUUCCCUAAAGUAGCUACAGCUUCUGCAUGUGAGCCAGGCUCAGUUGCCCAAAUCUACCCGAAUUAUCUUACACCACAGAGUAAUAAAGGAAGAAUUCUGCCUCCAACUUCCUCUCGCACAACUUAUACUGGUUCAGUCUUCUCAAGAUCUAACAAGUACACAGGAACUCGUGAUGCCUAUAAUAACUCAUCUGGGAAGCCACAAUUUUCAACCCCUUUGCCUGUUGGAAAUAAGGCACUAUUUGAGGAUAAAAUGGCGUUGACUGUUGGUGCUCUUGGUGUGCAAUCAUCAACUCAUUCCAAAGGAGUAUACGGAGUCACUGCCGGUGCUACUACUCCCUUUACAAAGGAAAGCUCUGCUGAUAAGAAAAAUACUGGAUCCAACUUGCAAGGACCUCGUGGUAAAGGCAUCACAGAAAGUGGUUCAACGCUUGGGUGUGUUCCAAUGGUUGAAAAUACCUCAUAUUCCAAACCUGCUUAUUUAUCUGUUCAUCCCAAGUCAUUCAAAACAGCUCACAAAAUACUCCAACAUCUCGAGAGAACUAUUCCUUCUCCUGCAGCAAAGCCACUAGAGCUCAGGCAGACUUCAGCAAAGAGAAUUAUAACCUCUCUUGUCACCAGCAUCCAGCAAAAAGAGCCUGAUUCUAUUUUUACUACUAGUCAUGGAGAGAGCAGCAUCACUGUGAGCGGUGGUGCUCGACAGAAGGUUUCAGACGCAACUAAGGUUCUGGCACCUCCAAGUAGCUCCAAUGCUGAGCAGUCUAGUUCAAAGAUUCAGAAUAGUGAGCCCAACUCAGAAAUCACAGAAAUGCCCUCUUCGCAACAUACUCCAAAAUCUGACUCGACAUCCACACCAGCUGCCGAGGUCUUGGAUAAAAGCACAGGCAAUGGUUUCACAUUCACAUUUCCUGUUCCUAAAGCCUCAAUCUCUCUUCCUGAGCCACCACCUACUCCCUCGUUGUCAUUGCCACCAAGUAUCCCACCAGCUGCUAGUACUGAUAUCCCCAAAUUUACCUUUGGUUCAUCAAGCACUAUCGAUAAACUUGUUUUCUCAUUCGACUUGGCAAGCAGUUCCCGCAGUGCAGAAGAAGCAGCCCCAACUUUCAAAUUUGCGUCUGAUACAAAGCGUGAGCUGUCUUUUGAUGUAGCUGGCAAAGAUGCAGUCUGCUUUUAAUAUAUGCAUCUCAGCUCAUUCUGAAACAGCUCGAGCUUCCUAUUUGGUGUAGCGAUCACAAGAACAGCGCCAUUGGGAACAUACUGUGUUUUACCUACAAAUUGAAACAUUGGUCGCAAUUAUUAGUAUAUUCUGAACUUCUUACCUGUCGCAUUGACAGGUUCUUUUACCAGUGGUUUUUGCCCGUGCCUGUGUGUCUUUUGCCAUCGCAGGUUUGAUCUGUCUUAAUCGUUUUCAUCUCUGAAACUUUUUUGGUCCAGGAUGUUGAUGAUAUAAUCUUUUGAAAAACCCUGCCUUUUUUCUGGCGUGUCACGACGUAAGCCAGCACGAUCUGAUUUGAAUACCAAAAAGAAUCAGGGAGGAGGAUCUGUUGAUAAAGGCAGCAGUACACUCUUGACCCAUCAAAUUAAAGUGACCCGGUUCUGCAGAAAGAUUUGCAUAUUUGCAUGCAUCUCCAUGGGGCCAAACAAUUGCUUUGACUGAUGCUGUCCAUGGCACGGCACACGGUGUUGGUCGCCGGCGACGACCAGCGUCGGAGAGAAGGGUAGAGACCACGUCGCCGUCGUGCUGCUGGUGUGUUUGCGUUGCUUUGCUUGCGUCUGAGACGGCCUGAAGAAAGGGAAAUCUUGUUCGUCCGUGCUAUUAUUGCUAUCCGGGCACUGCAGGCUGGUAUCAUUGCAGCACAAAGGCUGUCAUCUUUUUGCUAGAUUAUUCCUCGCGCAGGCUUUUCGAACGGCUAAAUAUUACGUGUUUUCUUAAAAAAAUAUAUGUAAG